CGCGAUGUGGACUGAUCGGGAUCGGCCUCGUCGCUUACCCAAAAGAGGAUGUUGAACCCAAAAAUGAAGUAUUUGAUGCAGCAGCUGACUUCGUGGCCUUUGUAGUGAUUCCCUGACAUGUUUGCUCAUCAUCGGCCGAUGGAGCUCAAAGAAAUAAAAAGGCAAAGAAACACAAUUGCGGACAAUAGGACGGGCGGGCCUGCUCGACGGGCUUUGUGGGGCAGGUUCAAGUAGCGGUCCGUGGAUGCAUCUCGUCACCGGGACCGCUAGCCCAAAUGACGUCCAAAAACGUUCCCGGGCUACUUUGCUGACGUGCGAGGCGCUCACGUGGCACGGAUGCACGCCGCGAUCCAAAUGUGACGAGCGAUUUCCUCCGUUUGUCGCCGCGACAUCCGAGGUGCGUUCGGGGGUUUUGCUUUGGGAUUGUGCGCCCAACGGGAGGCGGGACCGCACAAGCAGGUGCUGUCGCCUCAUUGGCCAAUGACCACACUGAAGGAUACCGCUGGGAACCAAUCCGAACGCGGGGGCAAAGGCGUUUCCGGUCGAGCCUUUCGUCACUUCCUGUUUAUGAUCGCUCGCCGCACAAUAUUUUAUUCAUCCGGUAAUAGGAACAAUAUGACGGUGAAUUAACACAAGUAGAACAAAGUCAGAUUGCAUCAGAUAUUGUCAUGUUACAACAACAGUUGCGACGAAUUAAGUCACAAUAUUCUGAGGGAAAAGUGGUGAAGUAUACGAGAAUAAAGUUGGAAUAUUACAGGGGCGAAGUUGUAAUAGAAAAAGCUCAUGGCACUCUGUAAAAAUAGCAAUGUCCAAAAAAGUCGCUCUUAGGAAAAAAACAUCGUUACCGAGGAAGUUGUAAUAUUGCGAGAAUAAAGUCAUUUUCAUGUGACGAAUAUUGGCUUCAACUUCAACUUGACUUCCGCCUUCAAUGUAAUCGACACACGCCGAACUCGGCGAGGGCGGUCGACCAUUUUAUUGCGAAGGUCCCAAGCGGACGUUGCGAUCCACAACUCCGUCACAAGACGGCCGAGAGGGGCGGGGCGGGGAGCACCGGGGCCUGUGACGUCACAGCCAAAUAACGGGACCGUUGGGCGGGCGUGUUCACUCCGGUCCGGCGUCGGACUUUUGACGGUUGAGGCCAGGGUGAAUAAAGACGCAGCAGCAGCAGCAAGAAGAAGAAGAAGAAGAAGAACAACAACAACAAAGCCAGUCGGGACUGAAAUGAAAGACUAACAACGACGACGUAGCAGACGAAGGCGAGCGAGUGGACGACGAGGCCACGGCGUUGGGGGACUUGAAACCAAGUGAGGCCACCGAGGAAAGUCUUUGUCCGAAAAGGCAGACAUGGCAGACGCAGAGCUGGACUUCCAGACGGGCGAUGCCGGCGCGUCGGCCACCUACCCCAUGCAGUGCUCGGCCCUACGCAAGAACGGCCACGUCGUGCUUAAAGGCCGCCCCUGCAAGAUUAUGGAGAUGUCCACCUCCAAGACGGGCAAGCACGGCCACGCCAAGGUCCACCUGGUUGGCAUCGACAUCUUCUCCGGGAAGAAGUACGAAGACAUCUGCCCUUCCACCCACAACAUGGACGUGCCCAACAUCAAGAGGGUCGACUACCAGCUGAUCGGGAUCCAAGAUGGCUACCUGUCCCUGCUCCAGGACAGCGGGGAGGUGAGAGAGGACCUGAAGAUCCCAGAGGGCGACCUGGGCAAAGAGAUCGAGAGCAAAAACGAAGCCGGGGAAGAAAUCCUGGUGACCGUUCUCAACGCGAUGGAUGAGGAAGCUGCCAUUGGCAUCAAAGCUUUGGGGAAAUAAGCGGCAGCCAGGUCAAUAAAUCCACAGCAUGCACAUUAGCGCCAUUUUGCAUUUAGUCCUCGUUUCUAUCGGGAAACAACUUUUCUUCCUUCUGGUUUCGGAGCGCCCUCACACUUGUUUCUCUUUUCGUCUCUUCUUCUUGUCACUGUGUUACAGGGGCUGCCGGACCUUGGGUGGGGAGGGGGGAAAAGGAGGGAAUGUUGCUGUCCUUCCUCCUUUCUUUCUUUUUCAUAACUUCCCUCUGUAUACUUUAGAGCACAGGUUUAUAAUGUUUAUGAUGAUGAUUGUAUAUUAUGAGCAUUUGGGGGUUAAAUGUCCUCAGAGCAAUUGGGAAUAUACACAAAAGUAUAACAAGGGUUCAGGGAAGGCAGAGGUGAAAGUGGCGUUCAUGCAACUAUUUUAAUUUUUUUUGUGUGAACUUGUUCCCAUGUUUUAUAAAAGGGCUUUCAUUGCAAAAUGAUGAAGGCUUGAAAUACACUAUGGUUUCCUCAUUCGAAGUGCGGCCAUUUACAGCAUCGCUCCUUGUUUAUUUUCGCGAACGUUCAUCACAGGCAAGUCCAAUUAAAACACAAGUAACCGACGA